GAAAUAGUUAAGCCCCUCCUCAACAAUUACCGCCACAUUUGAAUACGACGUUGUUAUUGGUGUAAUUUUUGAAGCCACAAUCACACUUGUAAAGCGAAUUGGCCGAAUUGGGUAAUCUGUCAUCUGUCAUCUUGCCUAUUGCGUUUCUGCCGGUUUUUACGUUUUUACAUCUUUACUUGCGUCAAUUUGCCAUUAAUCUCCUUUAUUCACACAAAAUAGUCUUUAUAAAGACUCGUCGGUGUAUUCUAAAGAUAGUCAGGGUUAUAUUAUUCGCGAUCAAGAAAAGUUGUACGCAAACAUGAAUGUCGCCGGUGCUGCUUUCUCUCCACCGAAAAAACGUUCUGCCAAGCACUUUUCAGUUGAAGACAAAACUGGCAUUUUAAAUACACGAAGACGAAGACUUACCCCAUUUGAAACGAACUACUUUAUGGAAAUUAAUAAAAGAAAUAGGUUUUCGGUCAGUAAACCUUUUUUCUUUACGUGUAUGUAUAUUAUGUACUUGUCAUUGUAGAUUCGAAAAGAGGUCACGCAAUAGUGUUCUUAGGGAAAAGGACGAAAUAAUUACUUGGAGGCGUCGGUUCUUGCGUGAAAUUAGAAAAUAUCGUGAAGAAGGUAGGAAGUUGUAUUUCCUAGAUGAAACUUGGGUGAAUGCUGGGCAUACUGUAAGCAAAGUAUGGAAGGACACCACAAUUCUCACUCCAAGACAGGCAUUUAUCAACGGGCUAUCAACUGGAUUGAAAGAUCCAUCGGGCAAAGGAAAUCGCCUUAUUGUUCUCCAUAUAGGGUCCGAGGAUGGCUUCGUCGAGGAAGGUUUGCAGUGUUUUGAAUCGAAGAAAACAGGGGAUUAUCACGAAGAAAUGACCAGUGAAGUUUUUGAAAAGUGGUUUAUGGAAAUCGUUACACAUCUUGAUGAACAAUCUGUGAUUAUAAUGGACAACGCUUCAUAUCAUAGCAGGAAAAGUGAAAAAAUACCAAACACCAGUACGAAAAAAGCUGAUAUACAAACUUGGUUAACAAGCAAAUCGAUACCUUACGAAGAAGAUAUGGUAAGAGCUGAACUUCUACAGCUUGUGAAACGGGCAGCUGUUACACCAAAAUAUGUAGUUGAUGAAAUUGCAAAGGAACACAAUCGUACCGUGCUGCGAUUGCCUCCAUAUCACUGCGAAUUGAAUCCAAUUGAACUGAUAUGGGCGCAAAUAAAAGGUGAAGUGGCCAGAAACAACACCACAUUUAAAAUGAAAGACCUUCAUCCACUAUUUCAACAAGCAGUGGAACAUGUUACUGCUGAAAAUUGGAAGAACGCAAUUCGCCAUGCUCAAAGUGAAGAGGAAAAAAUGUGGCAAAUUGACAUUUUAAUGGACAUCGUAGUGGAGCCAUUAGUAAUUCAUGUGGGAGAUGACUCGACAUCAACGGAGUCCGAAUCCGAGUGAAGCGAUACAGGAUUUAAAUUGUUAUGUACCUUUGUUUAUAUUCAAGUGCACUUGUAAUUUCAAAACUUUGUGCUGCUGUAAUAAUACUUUUUUGUACUUUUCUCAAUAUAAACAGUGUUUUUA